GAAUCGUAUGUAUGUGCCCGAUCCGGGUGCUGUCAAAACAUAGGGAGUGAUCACUGCGGAUCCAGUUAUGUCUAAGGCGUUACAGGUCCAAGGUCGGUCCAUCUUGUAUAGAAUGCCGACCCAUUUCUGACUGUCCUCUUUAAUGAGACAUGGAUGCUGCUAGUUGCUUUGAGCUACAGAGCUGGUCAACACUUCCUGACCACAUAGUGGUGCAAAUACUCCUGCAUCUUGGCCCUACCGACCGUUACAAUGCGUCACUUGUCUGCCACACAUGGCAGACUUGCUUUAACCAGCCCUGUCUGUGGCGCCACUUUCACUUCCGUUUUCUGUCUACUGUGAACCCAAAAAAGGACCACAUGUUAGGCUACAGUCAGUUCCUAGCCAAGCAUGGGCACCACCUGCGGGGUAUAAGGCUCACACUAGAUCAGAGUGACCAGGAGAACAGACACUACGCCUGUCGUGUAAUUGAGUUGCUGGCUACUUCGGCAGGUCGUCAGCUGUCAGCCAUUACGGUUACGUUUACUGGUGAGAACCCUUUAUUCUAUGCGGGAGCUGAAUUUGUGGCUGCCUUGAGGGCGUUGUUUGGUCCGACUCCACCUACCAUUAGACCACCAUUGUCACAGAUCUUACAUGUAGACCUGAGUGGUCUCACUGCAGCAUAUGACGAUUCUGUUUUUACAAUUUUGGCUGAAAACCAUCCAAACUUACAGUCGUUAAACAUUCUCAACAGAAUGUUGAUUUGUAAGGUGAGUCCCUCUGCGAUACUAUAUCUUGUUCAGAAGUGCAGAAAAUUAACAGAACUAAUGGCGUACCAUUGCAGUUUAUCGGACGACAUUCUUGCAUGUUUCGCGGAAAGUGACAGAACCCCUGUGGAACAUCUGGAAAUAGUGUGUAGAAGGGAAGAGAAGUACAACAAAACACUGACGUCUGAGGUGUGGCAAGGCCUGGUGACCGCUGUACCUAACCUCAGGGUCAGUCUGGGAUUUGACCACACAUGUCCACUUAACAGAGUGAAAGAUCUAAUGCAGCCAGAUAUCCCGGUUAGAGAUCUCAGACUUGAAACUUUCACAAGGAUCUUUGAGGAGGUGAACCUUGCUGCAGCCUUCUACAGUUCCACCUUGGAGAAGCUUGUCCUACAGACCAGAAAUUCUGACGAGCUUGGAGCAGCUCUCCUUAACUUAGCAAGGACAUGCAAACUGCUGAAAUCCAUAUAUGUUUAUUGUGCGCUAAAGAAAGAGGUUGUGGAGGGGAUUUUGGCCUCCUCAGCUCUGAUUAAGGAAAAGAAGGACUACAUACUGAAGUGGACAGCUGACCCAGAGCCCUGGGUGGUAGGGGUAGAGGAAGGUGAUUAGAGUAUGGGUCAUAGUUCAUAGAGGUAGAAGAAGGGGAUUAGAGUAUGGGUAGAGGAAGGGGAUAAAAUAUAGGUCAUUGGUUGUAAGGGUAGAAGAAUGGGAUUAGAGUGUGGGUCAUAGGUCAUAGUGGUAGAUGACAGGGAUUAGAGUAUGGGUCAUAGUGUAGAAAUUUGGAUUAGAGUAUUGGUCAUAGGUCAUAGAGGUAGUGGAGUGGGGUAAGAGUAGGAUUUAUAAGCAGUAAUAGUAGCUAUAGUUGUUUUCAUUAAAAAGGUUCUGAUUUCUAAACUCCAGCAAAGAGUUAUGACAUAUCAAAUUUUAACUUAUUACACAAACCAUGUAAAAUUUACAUAUUUAACAUGUCACAUGGUUUCAAGACAGGCUGGUCCCUUUGUCAAGCUAUGACUGUGUGAGUGGUUUGUAUUGUUCACCUGUACAAUUAUGUGACAAAAUUGUAUAUAUUUCUCAUGUCACUCAACUAGGGAUGUUUUGCCUAUCGAUAGGGACUGUAUACACAUGUUAUCAAAUAGGUUACUGGUAGGGUGUAGAUCUAGCCCCCUCUCCCAUUAUGUCAGUAUCGGGUCAUACAGAUGACUCCGCUGGUAUCCCCUCUCAUCUCUGUUCAUGUUUCGAGUUUUCCUGAUUUUGAUUGCUUAUUUGAUUUGUCUCGUUUUGAUAUGUUUUGUUAUGAGAAAGUUAUACAUUUUCUCCAUUAAAUGUUCUGUCAGAUAGAUAUUUAUACAUUGUAUGGUUGAAUCUUGCCUAGUGUAGAUUUUGAGGAAGACGUACGUAACACGACAUUGGUUUUCUGUACAUGCACAUAACCAAUCAAUACCUCUGUCACUUAUAUAACAACCAUAAUGUACUGUCAAGUAAUGUUAAGCUCAAUCUUCUACACUUGUUACAUUAGAAGUAGAUGUGCUAAUAUACAAAUACAUAACACAUUCUUUAGUAUCUCUGUUAACAUCAUGUACACAGUGAAAUUUCAUCCUAGUAAUAUUAAAACCCCACAAAAAUGUCCGACAGUGUGGUCUGGUGGCGCAGUGGAUACUAGAUAGCGCACUUGCCUUUCACCAAGAUGGCCAGGGUUCAACUACCUGAUCGGACGUGAAAAGGUAUUGGGUCACCUGCUCAACCAUGUGGGUUUUCUCCCUCAUGAAGUCCCUCUAUACACUUCUAUCUGGGCUAACAAGAGUGAUUAGCAUGAAGUCCCUCUAUACACUUCUAUCUGGGCUAACAAGAGUGAUUAGCAUGAAGUCCCUCUAUACACUUCUACCUGGGCUAACAAGAGUGAUUAGCAUAAGCUGAAAAAUUAAUGUUUUAUAAUUAUUUGAAAAAAGAUUAUGUACAUUUAUUCCAGGAAAGACACUGCAAGCUUUUAUCCCUUUAAUAUACACUCCAUUGUAUUUAUUUAAAUAUUGUGCAGAUUUUACAUUUUGUAAACUAACUAAGUAAUUUGCUUCAUAUCUUUUUGUGAAGUACUUUUUUGUGUAAUUAUACUGAAGGAUUUAAAAACUGAAAGAACCUCGGUGAGUGAUGUAUGCUGUAUAACCAUUAAUUCAAUGCUUCUUAAUUGUAAUGGUUGAAUGUCUUUUGGUGUACAUUUAUUGUUUAUUUACUAAAGGUUGAACCUAAUUAAUAUAGAUAUUGGAUAACUCAGCUUUUAUGACAUCAAUAGUUUAGUCUUGUAGAGUAUCAAUUUUAAUCACAUACAAAUUGUUUUCAUAUAUUUUGAGUCAUAACCCAUUGAUUAAAUAUUUUUUUAACAUGCAAGUUAUAUAUAAUUUUUUAAGCAAUAUUUCUCUUUAGCAUACAUUUUUCUAUGCCUUGGAGUGUUAGUUUGUGAUUUGUUUUAGAUAUUGUGUAUGCUAUUUAUAGCUAUAUACACAGUCGUAUGACAAUAAUUGGUGCUAUUUAUAUGUACAAGAGCAUACAUAUUCUCCAUUUAUGUUUAAUAUCAUCUGUGAUGAAUUUGCUGAAGAAAUGUGAGUUGAUUCAUGACAAAAAUAAAGCGACUU